AUGAUAUUCGACAAAGAGUUGUAUUUUUCUUUUAUUUCCAUUCCUCUGCGUCUAUAUUUUUGUGCUUUUCAUUCCUUUCUCUUCUCAGCUGUUUUUCUAGGUCUUUCUUUUUCCUUUCUUUCUUUUUCUCUUUCCUUUAUUUCUUUUCCUUUCUUUCCCCGCAUUCCUAAGCGUCCAUAUCUUUCUUUCCUUUUUCUUUACUCUACGUUCUUUUUUAUCUUCUCAACGUUUUACUCCCACAAUUCCUACGCAUGUAUCUUUCUUUUUUUUUAUCCUUUUCUUUCCUUUCUCUUCCCUGCUGUGUUUCUCUCUAGAUCUUUACCUUUUCACUUUCUUUCUUCCCGCUCAUUACCACGCGUUUAUAUCUUUCUAUUCUUUUCAUUUCUUCUUCACUUUUUUCUCUUGUUAACUUUUUGCCCUGUUAAUCUUUCUUUUUCUAUUUCUUUCGACAUUUUUUGUUGCUUUCUUUUCCCCCUCACUCGCUCUUUCUCGUCUUUCUUCAUUUUUUUUUAA